AAUGCCCAAAGCAAUCAUUGAAUGAUCACAAAAACACAAAACACUUAUUAAAUCACUGAUAAAAAAUUAACCAGAAAGACAAUUGUUUAUGUUGCCACCCAAAGUUGCAUGUUUUGGCCAUCAGAAAACGUCAUAAUACCGCCCACUCACUUGGCCUGGAAUACCCCUCGUUGAGUAAACAGAUCAGUUUUGUCAUGAUUGCAAUGAAGCUUGGCAAGAGGGCGUCAAAUGCUUAGAACUUGGCCACAACGGAUAGGUGAGCAUGGUGAAGCCUCACAAUUUUGAUGAAAUCCUCGUGGACUAUGUGGGUGGUUUUGGAUGGUGCCAAGUCAGUCUCUUGCUUUUUAUCGGCCUCUUCGAAGUGUUCACUGCCACCACGGGUUUGUUCCACACUUUGGGAGGCUAUCGACCCAACUUUAGGUGCCGAGUGCCAUCUUGUGAUGGAAAUGACACUGCCGCGCCUUACCAUCAAGAUUGGUUCAACCGAACUCAGGAGCAGGACCUGUGGAGCAAUCCCCAAUGCGAGUUACCCAUUCACUUGACUGGGGAGCCUGUUUCCUGGUGCGAAUUGGACCUGCAAUCACCAGCCCUGGAAAAUCUUCAGAACCUAUCGACCCUUCCCUGCCAAGAUUGGAUCUUUGAACGGGUCCCGUUCACGGAAACCCUGGCCACCGAGUUCAAUUUGGUGUGCUCCAAGGACACGUUCGUGGGCAUGCUCGGGUCCUUAUACAUGUUGGGUCUGCUGAUCGGCGCCGUGAUCGGCGGUUGCUUCAGCGACAAAUUUGGCCGGAAAAAAGUGUUCAUGAUCUCGGCAUUCCUGACCGGACCCCUCUACUUUGGACAAGCCUUCGUGCCCAACUAUUACACUUACGCAGGACUUCGCUUGGCCUGCGUGGUAGUCUCGUACUUGGCCGCCUUUGGCAGCUUCCCCUUGAAAUUGGAAAUGGUGUCUCAUCAGUACCGACGCUAUGUCAUGUUGCUCCGGGACAUUCAGAUGACGGUCGGCAAUCUCAUCUUGGCAGGACUAGCUUACUAUAUCCGGGAUUGGCGCAUCUUGCAAAUGAUUUGUGCGGCUCCCUUGCUACUACAGCCCUUGCUGUAUUUUGUCAUUCCAGAAUCCGUUAGCUGGCUGGUCUCAACAGGGAACUAUCAAGGUGCAGUUGAGACACUCAAGAAUGCCGCCAAGAAAAACGGCAAAAAGAAUGUGGAUCAUGAUGAAGCUCAACUUCUGAUCUCAGGCAUGGCCCAACAAAUUGAAAUGGACGAUAAGGAGAAGAGUCCCGGUUGUUGCCAACUCCUUUCCCAAAGCAAACUCCGCACCAACCUUGUGGUCAUGAUGUUCAAUUGGUCAGCCGUCACCAUUGCUUGGUACGGUCUUGCCCUAAACAUUGACAUCUUGUCUGGAGACAUCAUCUUCAAUUUCACCCUCAUGGUUCUGGUAGAUGUCCCUGCGUCUCUGAUUGGCUUCCUCCUGUUGGGCUGCACGGGUCGGAAGCAGGCCUUCAUAUUGAGUCAAUUGGGCUCUGGAGUGGCAUGCAUUGCCUCUGGUCUACUUAGUGACCCCUUUCUGAAGACCUUCAUUGUGUAUAUGGACCCCAGUCAAUUGCAAAACAUCCUGUGCUUUGUAGGCAAAUUCUUUGCUACCAUGUCGUUUUCCGUCUGCUAUCUCUUCACCAUGGAGUUGUUCCCCACCAAGGUUCGUUCCACGUCCUUGGGCACUUGCUCGGCCUUGGCUAGAAUCUUGGGGGCGGCCACACCAUACAUGAAACAUUUGAGACUCUUUUGGUUGCCCUUGCCUCUGGUGGCCAUGGGGGCUCCAUCUGUUCUCGGGGCUCUUUUGGUUGCCUUUCUCCCUGAAACCAGAGGCCGAGGUCUCCCGGAAAGCGCCGAGCAAGCUGUGCAAAUGAAGCGACGAACUGGGAAAGAAACGUAGGAGACGUUGUUGGCUUGAUAUUCAACUUGUAAACUUGUUGUACAUAGUCAUCAAUAAAAACACAAAUACAAUGGUAAAGAUCAA